UCCUCAUGCUAACGCACAAUUUUAGCUAGCUACUGAAUUUGUUCUGGAAGCUAGCGGGAGGCAGCGCAAACUACAAUAUUAGCAGUUUGAAUAUAUUAUUGGCGGGAGAAACACUAACGGCUUUGUUUCCGACGGUUAGCUCAAGUUAAAAGGCUGGGCGGAAUCAGUUACCAGCUCUGGUGUUUUUCGCCAGUGGGAGAGACAUUUUGUAAAUUAAUAUCUCAUCUCACUCUUUUAGCUUCCUCUUCAGAUUAGGUUGUUAACAUAACAAGUCAUAUAUGGAACAUUACUUUCUGUGCCUGCAAAUUUCAAGUGUAUGAGACUACCUCCACACUUUCCGCGCCUUUCCAGCAAGCUUACAUUUUAUCUAAAAAUAUAUAACCUUGGCGCCCACAGCAUUGGGGGAUUUGUGGAAAGCUUCUCGGGUACCUAUGUAUGCAGGUUUUGCCUUGGUGAAAGAUCUUUGUUCCAGAUCCUGUAAUGUCGAAUCCUGCCAAACUUAGAAUCAUUCUUCGAGACCAUGACAUACACAAGUUGGACCUACCUUAUGGAAUCCCUGAGACUGUGAGUGAACUCAAGUCCAUUGUGAAGAAGACUUUUGAGCUCAAUGAGGACUUUAACUUACAUUAUAAAGAUGUUGAAUUUGGAGAGGAAUACUUUUCUCUUAUCUCUACAACUGCCAUUAAAGACAAGGACACAAUCAAGGUGGUUUACAUCAUUGAACCUCCCACUGUUUCUCUUACCUUUACCACAUUGGAAAGUUCCACAGUAGAAGCAUCAGAAAGUAGCAGAAAUUCCACAACAUUUUCUCCCCAUGUUUCAAAUGCAUUCGACGAAGUCAACAGCACUUGCUCUUCAGAAUCACAAGCGACAAUCAUUUUGUCAUCACCUGAACAAAGUUCUCACCGUUCUCAGCCUUGGCCCAAAGAAUUUCCCAUACCACAAUUUGCUUAUGACACAGAAAUUGUGCUUGCCUCAGGAAAUGAAGCUUUCCAGAAUGAUGGAAUUCAACUCAACUUCAACAGAAUUCUUCCAAAUAUUCUGGAAACAUUGGCUGAAAAUAUCUUUCACUAUGUUGCCUACCCCACAAGCACACAACUUGCAGAUGUUGCUGAGGCACUGAUUCAGAAGCAUCCCUGCCUUAAGGAACCAGGGUCAUAUAAUGAAUGUUAUGGAUGGCAACAAAGGCUGAAAUAUAAAAUGGGUAACUAUAGGUCUAAACUUAGGGAGCUUGGAUGUCCUGAGCUUGUGGUGAACUCUCUCAAGAAGAAGCGACCACUUGACAGCGGACCUGCAAAAAAUAUCAAGAAGCCACGAAAGGCAGAGGUCAAUUAUUUACCACCUCAUCCCCAAGGAGAAACUGAGAGUAGUUUAGAACAGGAAAGGGUGGAGUUACUGACUGAAGUGAAAAAAAGAAACAACUCACAAGUGAUCAAGACAAAAAUGGCAAAAACAUUCUCCAUCCGAAGGCAAGAAAUCGUUAACCUGGAACCCCCUGUCAGUGAUGUCAGAGACAGAUGGCCUGCUCUUUUUAGUGCUGAUCAGAUUAAUGAAGAAUUUAAACGUAUCACAACCAUUCAUCUGGAGCCAACUUUCAUGUCAAAUCUAGACCUCAACUCCUCAAAAAUAAUGCGCCUGGUCUGCACAAGGGGAGGGUCCACAAAAGUGGACAUUCAGCGUAUCAAGAAUAUGCUGGAAGAGAAUCCUUCCAUAGAAAUGAAAAGGGAGGCUGCUCUCCGUUCCUUGGUGGUCUACCUACAUGAAAAGGAGGAAGAUCUUUUCAAAGAACUGAUGGAUGAAGAUGAUGACAUCACCGGCGAGGUCUUGAAAAUUGUCGUCACAAGAAGGACUACACCAGUUCGCGCAGGCAUCGUGAUUGAGGGAACUGAAGUCCUUGGAGACCUUGACGUUCCCAGAGCGUGCGCCUUGCUCAUGGGACUGAUAUAUGCCCUGAACAUCACUUACCCAAAAGGUCUAAAGAACACCUUAGAGGUAUUUCAGAAACUAUUCCUUGAGCUUGAUGCCCUGAAAGCGAGCCCAAAGGUAAUGUCUUUGAGAAAUAAACUUCUGAUGUGAAGAACUUGGCAGGAAUUGUUCGUCCAAAACAGUGGUAUUGAACUUCAGGCCUGGAGGAUUGACGUCCCGUUGGUUUUCAACGUAUUUCUGCAUCAUGAUUACCUGAUCUGGUUUGUCCAGCCAGUUAGAAGCAAGAAUGGGGAAUCAAGGAGGGCAUUUGGUGGAAGAGAAGGGUUCAUUUUGGUUGGUUUCCACCAAAGUCCUCUUUUCUGCUUUUGAUUGGCUGAACACACCUGACCAGGUGAUUAGCAGGAAGUAGAGCAAGAAAACCCAGAAAACCAGCAAGACAUCUGUCCUCAAAGCCUGAAAUUUGACCCAAGUUCUGAAAAGAAAUGUUACUGUCCUGCUGAGUUUUUUUGUUUGUUGAUGUACAUGUAGCAGUUGCAAUGUUAAAUGUUAGCAUGUUAAAAAAUGUUUAAGUAAAGCAGCUUCAAUAAGUCUAAAAAAAAAGGUUUUACGUAUGUUUGAAUUUUUAAGGUCUUGUGUCACUGAAGUUUUUUUUUUAAAUUUGUACAAUAUGCAGGAUAUAUUGCUGAAGUUGCCACCAAUAUUUGUUUACUUUUUGGGGAUCUUCAAUUUUUUCGAAGCAUAGAGAAACAUGCAUUCAUAAAGUGCAUCGCUUUUUUUUUCCGUGACAUACUUCAAAAAAAGUAUAUUGUUGAAAAAGAUUGUACAAUAAAAACUUGUAGCACAAACUAGAAUGGUGGUGUUUGUUCCAACUGAGGUAAAUAAGUUCACAGUACUGCAAAAAUUGAGGUAACAAUUUGCAUGGACUUUUUUGAGUUAAAGUUGAGCUAAAAUUUAAGUUGAACUAGCUUAAAUAAAAUAAUUUGUUAACUAGCAUUCACCAAAAGCUUUUAUGUAAAAAUGCAAAAUAAUGUAUGCUUGCAGAACCAAGAAAAUUAAGUUGAUCAAACUAAAAAAAUUAAGUUGAAAUUGCUUAAAUAAAAUAAUUUGCCAACUUAAAUUCACCAAAAGAUUUUGCUUAAAAAUGGAACAUAAUUUGUGCUUGAAGAAUUAAGUUGAUCAAACUCAAAAAUUAUGUGAAAAUUUACUCAAUACUGACUUAAGUUGGGAAAACUUAAAAACAUCCAUGCAAAUUGUUACCUCAAUUUUUUAAGUUGGCGCAGCGUAUUUUUUUU